AUGGGGGAAGCAGUGCAUUAUGAGUGGUCCCCUAGCCCGACAAAUAAUCGGGACUCAGGUUUAGUCCCUCAGGCUACUCGGCCUAUUUCAGGGUCUGGCUUGCCAGUUAUCGGAACUGGAGAUUCAGACUUGGGUGGUGAUAUCUCAUCCCGCUCGCAAGUAGGUGUAGGAAAUCUGCACUCCAAAUGUAUCGGACCCAACAGAUUCGUGCCGCGUGUAGUUUCUGUCUCACCCCUGUGCUCCACUCCCAGCGUGCGCUUUUGGCGCGUCACUCAGGACUCCGAUGAAAACAGUCCAUCUGGAGACCUGAAGUUUGAUGACCGUCAAACAUCACCAGACGCCCACGACGAGUCUCCUUCACAAUCAGACGCAGCAAGCACUGAAGCACCACGAACAGGAGCGGCAGAGAAAGGCGUCAGCAUCAGCUGUGAAGACGAAGCAUCUGGAGAUACCGCGGCAGCAGCUCCAGAAGCAGCAGCAGAUGAAGAGGAUGAAGACUCCGACAGCAACUGCGACCAUCGUGUUUAUGACAUUGUACGUAGUGAUCAAGAGGGUACCGUGACCAAUGCCGAGGCCACAAGCGCCGAGCCGCAUGAUGCUCAUGCAGCUGCUGGAGAAUUAGCUGAGAAACAUAAAGUGGAAAGGCAAGGGCGUUCGAGGUGGAUGGGGCCGCUGGCUGGCCUCUUGGAAACUGCCGGCAAGAAAAUAACUAGCGUCGCAGGAAAAUCUGAUGUGGCAGCAAACCCAAGAGUAGGAGGACUAGCAGGUGAGGCUGCUGCCAGCAGCUCAAAGGCAUCUCAACCUGAGGAAAGCAGGCAUUAUAGGUCGAAUUUGGCCUUCUGGGAUUCGAAUUCUCCCCAUUAUAAAGAUUUGGGAAAACCUUAUGACUUUCCGAGUCUCAAGGCAGACGUAGGUCCAUAA